AUUACUUGAACCGGUUAAACCAAUUUUUUUUCCAAAAGUUUCCCCAUUCUAGCCCAGCAUUGUACCCCAGGUACCUGCCCCAGGUGUGUUCCUCCCGGGAAUGGUGAUUUCAGGGAUGCACAGAAUUCCAGGAUAUUUUGGGUUUAUCCACACAGAAUUCUGUAACGGUGCCAGAAUUCCAUGGGAAGGAGGGGGUUGGGUGUGCAAAGUCACUGGUGAAAGCGAAAGUGAAAUUUGAAGCUCUCCUUUCUGGGAAAGCAGCUGCUGGUCUAGGUCAGUUCGACCUGAAGUUAUUUUUGGGAGAUGGAAACAGCCCCGGCUGUGCCAAGCACAGAGGGAGGAGACCCUGGAGUGGGGGAGAGGGGAGGGGUCUGGAGGCAGGGAGAGCUCAGAGCUGAGGAGAUUCCAGGAGCUGAGGAAGAUCCCGAGCCAGGAUGGGGUCAAACAUCAGCCGCUCUGUGGAGAUCCAGAUGUCCAACAACACCAAGAACAUCACCCUGAGGAACCCCAGGACCUUCUUCUUCAACGGCCACAGCCUCAGGACCCCCGAGUCCUCGGUGCCCCCCGGCUCCUUCAGCACCUACAAGUUCACCAGCAACUCCUGUCUCUGGGGCUGUAACGGGGUCCUGGCCUUCAAGGCCGAGCCCUUCACCUUGGCCAUCUACUUCUCCAACCCCACCAACCACAACCUCUUCCACCCCGAGAUGGGCCUGGAGCUGUCCCUGGACAAGGUUCACAAGGGGGACCUGGAGAAGGCCUACAAACGCCUGGUCAGGAUCUCCCGCAGCAGCAGCUCCAAUGAAGACCUCGCAUUCCCCUCCGUCAUCCUCAAGGAAUCCCAGGAGACGGCCCGGCUGAGCGCCGGCCCCGUCAAGGUGACGGCCACCAUGUCACAGGGCCAGGACACCGUGAUCAAGGUGAAGGUGGAGGAACAGGGGAGCUCCACUGCAGCCUUUGACUACGACUGGUUCCACCCCGAGAUGGAUCUGGAGCAGUUCCAUGACGAGGUUCAAGAGGAGGGCCCGGACGCCGCCUACCAGCGCCUGCUCAGGAUGGCCCGUGGCGACAACUUCCCCUCCAUGGUCCUCAGAGAACUCCAGGAGUGCCAGACUUGGCAGGAUUCUGCCGUCCUGCAGAGCCACAAGCCCGUGGCGGUGAGGAAGAAGAGGGUGCAGGCAGCAAAGGCCCCGUGA